UUCCUAUAUUUAAUAAAAUGAGAGAAAUAGAAUUUUGACAAAUUCAUGCGCACAUUCAUGUGCUCCAUUGUUCUCUCAGGUUGCAAAUUUGUAUCCCACAAUGCGUUGCGAACAGGGAAACCCCACCACGUCAUGCAUGACAUAGUAUCUUGGUUUAGGUCAUGAUGUGGCAAGAAAAAAAUGGUGGAGAAUUUAGGGCCGCGGGGCUCUAAAUUCAUUAAUUGUUCUUUUAGGAAAAAGGUGAUAAAAUCGGAAGUCUGUGAUUUGAAUUCAGUAGCUUUCGGUCCACUAAAAAAAACAAUAUUUGGGUAUCAGUGAAAAUUCUUUUUAUGGACUAAAUUCGAAAAAUCUGAAAGGAAGUCUACCUUUAAUAGUUGGUGUGAUGUCGAAUGACUUUUGCCGACUGAGUAAAAGUGUAGAUGUAGAUAUGCCUUGUCAAAAGUUCCUGCCUUCUUUGUGUUCGAGAUCAAACAGUAAAUGGUAAAUAAUAAACAUACAGUAAAUGGAAGACAUUACCACAUGUGCACUGAAGUAGUGUUGUAGUCGAGUCACUAAACCUCGAAUCUGAGUCCAGUCUCGAAUCCCCAGUGUUCAAGUCUGAGUCAAGAACAAGUCAUUAAAAAAAUUUCGAGUCGAGUCCGAGAACAAGACUCCAACCACGCUAUUUGACGGUGCCCGUUUUAGUGCCAUUAACAUGAGUUUGUUCCUGAACAUGAUGUAUGAACAGGUGACUGUGCAUUCUCUUUGUCAGGGAGUGCGAAGUAUUCUGUCAGAGAUGGUUGGGAGAUGGAUGUAAAUGUAGAAGGUGGUUUUGUUAAUACAAGUGAAGAUAGGUAAACAAUCCAGAACGGCAGGCAAAAUCAUAAAACAGUGAAACAGGCAAUAGGUCGAGUGAGGCACAAACAGGCUAUCGUAGACGAGGCAGAAUCAAAGAAGAGGAACAGGAAAUCAGGGAUCAAGAAACCAAAUGAGGAAAUAAAUGUAUCGGCAGUGCAACUCAAUACUUCGCAAAGCCAGUAGCACGGAUAUGGACGGUGGUGCUGCUGUUGGGCACAUGUCUGCUGUACUGCACCCGUGUAGCCAUGCCCAUCUGUGCUGUGAGCAUGGCAGAACGCUUCAGGUGGUCCAAGAGGGAGUCGGGCAUGGUGCUGGGCAGCUUCUUCUGGGGCUACUGCUUCACUCAGGUCCUUGGUGGCUAUAUCAGUGACCGGGUGGGAGGAGAAAAAGUGAUGUUACUGUCUGCUACAGCAUGGGGAGCCAUGACAGCAUUCACACCCAUCUUGGCCCACUUCUGCUCACAGCCCAUCAUCUCCAUGACCAUGUCCCAGUUCCUUAUGGGCCUCCUGCAGGGUGUUCACUACCCAUCUCUGGCUAGUCUGUGCUCCCAGAAAGUGGUGGAGAAUGAGCGCGGUUUCCUCAUGAGCACUGUCGGAAGUGGUUCAUAUCUGGGGACACUGGUGAUUGGAGGAGUAGGCUCACUCAUGCUGGACCUGUAUGGCUGGGAAAGUGUAUUCUACGUUUCUGGCCUCCUAUCAGUGAUUUGGGCCUAUUGUAUGUGGAAAUACCUGCUCAAGGGAGAAGGUCCCAUCAUUACACUGGAAUCACUGGGCAGCGCUGGAACUCAGUCCAAAGUGUCCAGAAGAAACUGGCUGCGUCUCUUUAGACAUCCAGCUGUGUGUGCGGUCAUUAUUACACACCUGUGCACUGCUAGCAACUUCUUCACCCUGUUGUCAUGGCUGCCGACUUUUUUCAAGGACACCUUCCCUGAUUCCAAGGGUUGGGUAUUUAAUGUGAUCCCGUGGCUCGUGGCUAUUCCCUCCUCACUAUUCGGUGGCUGCCUGUCCGAUCACCUCAUCAGUCUGGGGUUUGAUAUUGCUUCAGUGAGAAAGUUAAUGCAGUUCUUUUCUAUGGGUUUAUCCAGCGUGUUUAUGUUGUUUCUGUGUGGCACCACUACGUUCCCCAUGGCUGUAGCCUUUGUGUCUGUUACUAUUGGCCUGACCACCUUCAGUCACAGUGGUGUAUCGGUUAAUGUUCAGGAUCUUGCACCAUCCUGUGCUGGUGCUCUGUUUGGUGUGAUGAACACUUGUGGUGCAUUUUCAGGGGUGAUCAUGGUGUAUUUCUCGGGCUAUCUGAUUGAGACCACAGGGUCGUGGGCAUCGGUUUUCACCCUCGUCACUGUAGUGAACCUCUUGGGUUUAGGAAUGUUCCUGAUAUACGCUGAGGCACACAGGGUCGACAUCGACACCAUGAAGGGACGCUAUCACAACAUACACAUCUGAGAAAACAGAAACUGAACCAAAAACUGUUUUAAUGGAUGUAUUCUGCAGACUGAGACAAUACAGACUUUGGAAGGACAGUCUGCAGUAUAAUUUCCAUCUCCACCAUCACGACUUUGGCAGGACCUGGCAGCACUGGCUUUAGAGAUUCAGAAGCCAGCUACACCAGUAUUUAAAAAUUAACUUUUCUUUUUGUGUGUCUUGCAGUUAUGAUGGGAAGAGUUAUUGAAAAUAUGCAGAUUGUUGGUUGUGGUAGUGUAGUCUAUUCUAAAGUAAUGUACAAAAACUGAAAAUAUAAUCUAAUGACUGCACAUUUUGUAGAGUGUAAAGAUGUAUCAUCUUUGUCUUCAGUUUUCUUUCAUUCCAUCAUCCGUUCUCUCAUUGUUGUUGAGCAGUUUGACUUGACAAAACUCAGGCAUCAUCAUUGUGAUCAUUCACAUUAUGGUCUACGGAGGUGUCCCCCCCCCCCCCCCCCCCCCAUUUUCCAUUGCUCUUGUUUACCAUCUGUUCGAGUUUCAUUUCAUACAAUGGAUGAAGACGAAAGGCCAAAGAUAGUGAGAAUUUUUCAAUUCAUAUCAUCUUUUGAGUAUUGCAUGAUGUCCAGAUCCUAAAUCAUUCCCAUGUUUUGGCAUUCCAUGACGUACAUGUUGUGCUUUCAUACUUCGUUCUUCAAUCAAGUACCAAAGCCUUUACAAGCCGCUUUUGUGAGGUAGUUGAUGUUUCUAGGAAAGUUGAGCACUUAAUGAUGAGGUUCAAUGUUUCUAGGAAAGAAGCAGCUCCUUAGCCUUACAGCACUGUGUGGAUAGACAGACACUGGGGUUGUUCUAGUAGGACAGGAAGUGAGGUUACAGUUAAAGGUAGACUGCCUUCCAGAUUUUUCAAAUUUAGGUCAUAAAAAUAAUUUUCCCUGACACCCAAUUAAUUUUGUUUAGUGGACCAAAAGCUACGGAAUUCAAAUCAGAGACUUCUUCCAAUUUUAUUAGUUUUUUUUUUUUUUUAAAUAGAACAAUUAAUGAAUUUAGGGUCACGUGGCCUUAAGUUCUCUGCUAUUUUUUCCUGCUUCACCAUGACCCAAUUCAAGAUACUAUGUCAUGCAUCAUGUGAUGGGCUUUCCCCGUUCGCACAAGGCAUUGUGGGAUACAAAUUUGAAACGGGAGAGAAAAAUGGAGGACGUGAGUGUGCGAAUGAAACGUGAAAGACCGACUACAGUAACGGAAAGCGAGAAGAAAAGACGUUGCGAAGGAAAAGAAACGCAGGACCAAACUAAUAAAUAUCGGUGGUCGGUGAGCACCUCAGCGUGAUCAGCUGUUCAUUUAGUGACAGAAUGAUGUAACUGUCAGUGCAUGGUCAAAGGUAAACCUGCGCAUGCGCACACGGACUUCCUCUGUCUGCUUGACCGUGCAAAGCGAGUUAUUUCAUGCACAUUAUUUGCGAGGGAAUCCCCUCAACUUAAAUAACUUCCCAGCCACAGAAUGGCCUGAUAUUUUGUGAGAUAUUACAGAAAUAAACAUAUAUCACAAUUACCAAGUUUCAGAGGGAACUAAUUUUCAUUGAUUUUAUGAAAUCGAAAGGCCGUCUUGUUUUAAAGAUAAGUGGCAAAAAGUGAACAGUCUGUUUGGAUGUUUUAAAGCGGUUCCUUUAAGAUUACUUUUAUCUUUAUUUUAUUGUAUGGUUGAUGCUAAUUUAUAUUUGACAAGUAUGUAUUUGACAGACAUUAUCAUCCAAAGUGGUUUAAUAAGAGGCAGAGUACAAACUAAGUACUGUACAGAGCUGAGCGCUUUACAGUGAAGUGUUUUGGUCAAGGGUCCAACAGUGGUUCGGUGGAAUUUUGAAAGUUUAAAUUCUCAAACUCUUGGCCACUCGCAUAGAGCCACCACUUCCCACCGUCACUGCUAAAUGUACAUUUGUUUAUUUGGUAAGAAGGAAAGUCUCCCCAAUAUGGACAAUAUCGAUUUAAAAAAUCUUCCAUGUUAUUUCCUAUAGUAAUGAAAUUUGAUUUUCAAAUGGUUUAGACCAAAUAUAUUUUAUAUUCCAUUCAGAUGUAUUUAUUAUUGUGGUUGGCAGCAGAUAAAGUUGUGGUGCUAACCAGAUCGAGAAUUGGCAAGUGAAUUGUUUCUGUCUACAAUGUGUCUGAUCAUUGAAGCUUAACAUGACCGUUUUCUUUAAAAUAUCCGACAUGGUAACUACAGUUCCUAACAAAAAGACAUACGGGUGAUUUUUUUUCUUUUUUCCCCCCCUUUAUCUAUACCAACAGCAUUUGAAUGACACUGCUGUAAAUUGUAUAUUAUAUACUUGAAUAUAUUAUAAUCUAUAUGACUUAAAUGUAUAAUUGGAUCCCCCUUUUUUCAUUAAAAAAACCAAACAAUUUUGAUAAAGAAAGCUUUUGUGGGAACUUUAGUUAUCAUGUUUGGCUGUUUUAGGGUGAAAUAUCACUGGAUGUAGCUUGAAACUGUUUGUUUAUUCAGUUGCUCGAGGCCUGUAGUGAGAUUAUGACAGCAACAUUUUCAUAUAGUUUUCUAGCAUGUUUUUUUUUUUGGUCUUAUGUGGAAAAAGCACCUUACCAGCUCCUUUGCUUAGUUUCUGGGUCAGAAAGCCUGACUGAAUGAUUGAUUUAAGUAGAGAACUAGGAUAGGAGCUAGAAACUCAUUUAAUCCGAUACACUGAAUAAACUAAAUCCUACAAGUUCCUGAAAAGCAUCUUUUUUGCUGCAUCAUGCCUUAUUGUGCUAAGCUGAAUCACACCAAGAGAAAGCUUUAAAAAUGUUUUAAGCUUUCACUUAAAAUAUUUUUUAAGCUAAUGUUUACAUGAGUUUAUUGCAGCUGACAAGCUUGUGCACAAAUACAUCAUAUUCACAAAGAGUUUCAAAUAGGCCUUUUUUUGGUAAGUUUAUUAUAUAUAGACCAGAUGUACAGUACCAGUCAAAAGUUUGGGGACACCUACUUGGUCAUAGAUUUUUCUGUAUUUUGACUAUUUUUUACAUUGUAGAACAAUCCUGAAGACAUCAAAACUAUGAAAUAACACAUGGAACAGAGAUGGAAUUGUGUGGUAAACAAAAAAAAAAACGUGUUAAAUAUGCUUCAUAUUUUAGAUUUUUCAAAAUAGCCACUGUUUACCUUGAUGACGCUUUGCACGCUAUUGGCACUAUCUUAACCAGCUUCAUGAGGUAGUCACCCGGAAUGCUUUUCAAUUAACAGGUGUGCUUUGUCAAAAGUUAAUUAGUGCAAUUUCUUGCCUUCUUAAUGGAUUUGAGAUCAAAUGGUAAAUAAUAAAAAUACAGUAAAUAGCCCUAUUCUACAACUGUAGUAAUUCAUAUGUCAAGAACCGCUCAACUAAGUAAAGAGAAAUGACAUUCAUCAUUACUUCAACAUGAAAUAUCUCUUAAUUAAUAAAAAAUAAAGAAAAAACAUUGAAUUAGCAGGUGUGUCCAACCUUUUGACUGGUACUGUAUGUGUAAUAAUAAUAAUAAUAAUCUGUUAAAGUUUCAAAAACCUGCUUUACAGUGUAAAUAUUUCUGUUAAUGUCUCCUUGCCAAAUAAUUUGUUUCAUGUGUCUUUGUAUUGUUUUAUAACUGCUUCUAUUAAAUGUUGGCAGAAUGUUUGUAGUUCAAAAUUAUCAGUCGCCUGCAAAACACUGAGUAAUUCUAUUGUUUAUCACAUGUUUAAUUCUCGGUUAUAUUCUCUGACAAUAUGAAUCAACACCUUGUAACCCACUGUAUCAUCCUGACUAUUCAAAUGCAGUUUUCUGAAAGUAGAAAAUUAAGAGAUUAUCUUUGAACUAUUUAAAAUGUAAAUGACUUUGAAAAGAAAUGUAGAAAUGUAAUAUUCUCCUGCUUUAGAUAACAUGCUAUUUGUAAAACCUUUGCUCAGAAAUAAAACUAUAUUUUUUACCAA